AUGAGCGCUCACGUCGUGGUAAUCGAUGCUACGGCCAAGCGGGCAACAAUCAAGACAACCCCAGGCAAACAUUUAACAGAUAUUUUACAAGAAGCGUGUUCAAAACUUGGAUACAACUCAAGCCAAUAUGGUCUGAAGCACAAUCGCAAACAACUGGACUUGUCCCUCUCUUUCCGCCUCUCUGGCCUCAGCUCUGGUGCAAAACUGGAGCUUGUCCAAGCAUCUCGCUCCCCCUCCGUCGUUACUGUUGGCCUCCAACUGCCAGAAUCCGAAGCUCAAGGUGCACCGAAUGGACGCAUACUAGACAAGUUCCCAAGUACAACCACACUCUGGCUAGUCUUGCGCAAGUUUGAGGCUGGAGUGGCAGGAAGCGGACAAGUGCGGAACCUCACAGCACGCGGGGUACCUUCUACGACAGACGGCAACUCUGGCUCUGGGCGAUUAUAUUACGAGAUCCCUGUUCUCCGGAUUUUGGAGCGCGAACUGUCAAGCUUUACGGAUCUCCAAAAGUCCCUUGCCCAGUUAGGCUUCAACAACGGUAACGUGUUGAUUCGGCUCGGCUUCCGACGAACAGAGGAGCCGCUUGAGGAAGCAAUGGUGAAGAUUGCCGAGUACUUCAAGUCGACUGGAGAUGAUGCACCAGUGCCAGCCCAAAACCAAUCUCCUCCAGUCCCUGCUAUUGAGAGCAACACCGCGCAAACCGAACAAGAAACUACUAGCGAACCGACUGCUUCGAACCCUGUACCCGCGGCAUCCCCUGAGCAAGCAGUGCCCACAUCUACUCGAUCGAUUACUGUCUUCUCUCCUCCAUCCGCCGACACACCAAUUUCAGCACAAACACCAUACAAUGAAGAAGACUACAUCCCCUCUAUUGAACACGCCACAGCCCAUCAACGGCAACUUAACCAAUCCUCCCGCCCAAAGCGUCUACCAACAGACGCCGAGAUUGCCGCCAAAGCCGCCGCAGAAGAACAGCGACGUGCAGAUAUUCGCGAAGUAGACGUGAAAAUCCGGUUCCCAGAUCAGAGUCAAGUGGUCGCCAAAUUCGGUCCGUCAGAUACCGGCCAGUCCCUCUAUGACUUCGUGCGCAGCUGCCUGGUGCCAACAUACGCAGACAUACAGUUCGCCUUGAAUGCUUUCGCCAGUGCAACACCAGCACGUGCCGGACAUGCAAAUGUCAUCCCGGAAGACCAAACACUUCUGAUCAAGGAUCUCAAGCUGGAAGGACGGGUCUUAGUUAACUUUACCUGGGCUGAUAAUGCAAGCUCGGCCACGCAUUUGCAACGAAAGGAUAUUUUGCGUCCGGAACUCCGCAGUCAGGCUCAGGAACUCAAGGUUGAGCAGGUGCCAGAGCCCGUACAAGAGCCUUCUAAGACGACGGUGCAGGCGGGGCCUAGUGGUAGUGCGGACGCAAGUAAAGCUGGAGGAGCACGAAAGGGCGGUGUGCCUAAGUGGUUUAAAAUGCCGGGGAAGAAAUGA